AUGGUUGAAAUUGUGUGCCCUCUUUUCUCCCCAGAGAACCUUUGCGACUGCAACAACUCUAUCAAAGACUGUGAUCAACAGGCAGCACUUAGCAUCCCCCAGUGUGCGCAGAGCGAAGAGAAGCCAUGCAAACAUGAGGAACAGGGCGGAGCUUUUACUGACAACUCAGCUUCUGAUCAGCAUCUCAGGGCGCACGAAGGAGAUAGGCCCUACACAUGUGAAGACUGUGGGAAAGCCUUCAAGUACCGCUCCAUCCUCUACCAACACCACAUAAUCCACACUGCGGCAAGACCUUAUACAUGUGAAGAGUGCGGCAAAGCCUUCAAGAGAAGCAGAAACCUUACCCAACACCAGAUAACUCAUAAGAGCGAGAAACCACACAAGUGUAAAGAGUGUGGCCGAGCCUUUAAUACACUUUCUGUCCUUACCCAACACCAAAUAAUUCACACUGGAGAGAAACCCUACACAUGUAAAGAGUGUGGCAGAACCUUUAAAUAUAACUCAACCCUUACUCAACACGAAGUCAUUCACACUGAAGUGAAACCCUACAAAUGUCAAGAAUGUGGGAAAGCCUUCAAGAGAAGCCACACGCUUAGUCAACAUCAGAUAAUCCAUAAAGGCGAGAAGCCAUACACGUGUAAGGAAUGUGGCAAGGCCUUCAGUAAACACUCAUCUCUUACACAACACCAGGUCAUCCACACUGGAGAGAAACCCUACAAGUGUAAAGAGUGUGGGAAAGCCUUCAGGUAUCAGUCAACCCUUACCCGACACCAGAUUGUUCACACCGGAGCGAAGCCCUACAAGUGUCAGGAGUGUGGCAAAGCCUUCAAUAACAGCUCAACUCUUAGUCGGCAUCAGAUAAUCCACACAGGAGAGAAACCCUACAAGUGUCAGGAGUGUGGCAAGGCCUUCUACUGUUCCUCGUUCUUGAUCCAGCAUAUGAAAGUUCAUUUCGAGGAGACGCCCUAUCGAUGCAAAGACUGCGGUAAGCCCUUCAGGCUUUCCUCACAGCUUAUCCGACACCAGCGAAUCCACACUGGGGAGGAACCUUACAUAUGUAAAGAGUGUGGCAAGACCUUCAAGUACCACUCAAACCUUACUCGACACCAAAUACUUCACACCGGAGCGAAGCCCUACAAAUGUGAAGAAUGUGGCAAAGCCUUCAAUAACAGCUCAACCCUUACGCGACACCAGAUAAUCCACACAGGAGAGAAAUCCUACAAGUGUCAGGAGUGUGGCAAGGCCUUCUACUGUUCCUCGUAUCUGAUCCAGCAUAUGAAAGUUCAUUUUGAGGAGAUCCCCUAUAGGUGUAAAGACUGUGGUAAGCCCUUUAAGUGCUCUUCACAGCUUAUUCGACACCAGAGAAUCCAUAGUGGAGAGAAACCCUACAUCUGUAAGGACUGUGGCAAGGCCUUCAACUGCACGUCCUACCUUACUAAGCAUCAGAGAACCCAUACUGGAGAGAAGCCCUAUGUGUGUAAAGAGUGUGGCAAGGCGUUUAACUGUUCUUCCUAUCUUUCUAAACAUCAGAGAAUUCACAUCGGAGACAGACUCUACAAGUGUAAGGAGUGUGGUAAAUCUUACUACUUUUCCUCACAGCUUAAUCGGCAUCAGAGAAUUCAUACUGGAGAGAAACCCUACAUAUGUAAAGACUGUGGCAAGGCCUUCAACUGUUCGUCAUACCUUAAUAAGCAUCAGAGAACCCAUAUUGUAGAAAAACCCUACGUGUGUAAAGAGUGUGGCAAAGCAUUUAGCUGCUCUUCAUACCUUGCCAAACACCAGCGAAUCCAUACUGGAGAUAGGCUUCACAAGUGUGACGAGUGUGGCAAAGCGUAUUACUUUUCCUCACAGCUUAAUCGGCAUCAGAGAAUCCAUACCAGGGAGAAACCCUAUAGAUGCAAAGACUGUGGCGAGGCCUUUAUUACUUCUUCCAGCCUUAAGCGGCACCAGGAAACUCAUACUCUGGUGGAACCCAGCAGUGUAUUGAAUUUGACAGAACCUUAAUAGUAAGAUAGUUGUCGCUGGAUAUUUCAUAGAGGAGAAAAACCUAUUUGUGCAGUUAAUGUCUUUAACAGCUGUGGAAUCUUCAGUUUGCACAAGAAGGUCAUACAUGAGGGAGACACUACAAGUC